AUGGAAGAAGAAAAAGUGUAUGAAGAAACUUCAGACAGUCCUCUUAGAUGGAACCCACCAAUGCCAUCAGGUUUUAAAGAAUAUGAAGAAUUGGUUGAUGCAGAUGUUAUCAAAGGAACAGCUUUCAGUAAACAAUGGUUAUUUACUGUUCUUAUGAAGCUUAUCCAGGAAGUUGAUAAGCAGAAUGAGUCAGGAAAUACAGAAAAUGAAUUUGGAGUUGAUGUUGAUGAAGACCUUCAAGAUGAAUUGUGCAAUCUUUGGGACAUGUCAAUGAAUUCUGAUGUUGUAGUUUUCAUGAGAGAAUUCAAGUCAGUUGAGUUGCUUUCAGCUGUAAUAGCCAAUUCCAGAGCCCCUCGUGUCACAUUGUCAACUUUCUUUCUUUGUUUCUCUUUCUUUCUUUGUUUCUCUUUCUUUCUUUGUUUCUCUUUCUUUCUUUGUUUCUCUUUCUCUUUCUUUGUUUCUCUUUCUCUUUCUUUGUUUCUCUUUCUCUUUCUUUGUUUCUCUUUCUUUCUUUGUUUCUCUUUUCUUUCUUUUUUCUUUCUUUUUCUUUCUCUUUUCUUUCUUUUCUUUCUUUUUCUUUUCUUUCUCUUUCUUUCUCUUUCUCUUUCUUUUCUUUCUCUUUCUUCUCUCUUUCUCUUUUCUCUUCUCUUUCUCAGAUGUCCCUAA